AUGCCUCGGCCAUUGUGUGAGGCGAGAGGGAGCCCGACUAGGCCCGGGCCCGCCGCCCCCGGUCGGGCCGAGCCGAGGCGCGCCUCUCGCGGGCCGGGUUUCGGGCCUCUCGGGCCGGCCGCACCCAGCGCCUCGCCCUCGGCCCGCUCCUGCCGCCUCUGCGCGGCCCCGCAGCCCCCGGGCCGCGCCGCGCUGCUCGUCUCGGCGGGCCCUCGUCUUCCUUCCCCUUCCUGGAAGCCCCGCUCCCCUCGCGGCGCGGCUGGCGCGUCCCCCGCUUUCUCCCCGGGCCCCGCCGGCCUAGCGCCUUUCCCCGCCUCCCAUUUUUCCACCUCCCCCUCACCACCAUUCCUGACGCCUCCCCUCGGGCCUGCCGCUUUCUUCCCUGCUCGGGCCCUGCUUUCACUCGUCUCGUCUUUUUCCCCCUUCUUCCCCCCUCGGACGACACUCGCUGCUCGGCGACGCUCCCUGCGCCCGCAGAGACCAAAAGGUCAAGGAAACAAAGUGCAAAAUGGAUCUGUACAUCAAAAGGAUGGACUAAAUGAUGAUGAUUUUGAACCUUACUUGAGUCCGCAGGCAAGGCCCAAUAAUGCAUAUACUGCCAUGUCAGACUCCUACUUACCCAGUUACUACAGUCCCUCCAUUGGCUUUUCCUAUUCGUUGGGUGAAGCUGCUUGGUCUACUGGGGGUGACACAGCCAUGCCCUAUCUAACUUCUUAUGGACAGCUGAGCAACGGAGAGCCCCACUUCCUACCAGAUGCAAUGUUUGGGCAACCAGGAGCCCUAGGUAGCACUCCAUUUCUUGGUCAGCAUGGUUUUAAUUUCUUUCCCAGUGGUAUUGACUUCUCAGCAUGGGGAAAUAACAGUUCUCAGGGACAGUCUACUCAGAGCUCUGGAUAUAGUAGCAAUUACGCUUAUGCACCUAGCUCCUUAGGUGGAGCCAUGAUUGAUGGACAGUCAGCUUUUGCCAAUGAGACCCUCAAUAAGGCUCCUGGCAUGAAUACUAUAGACCAAGGGAUGGCAGCAUUGAAGUUGGGUAGCACAGAAGUUGCAAGCAGUGUUCCAAAAGUUGUAGGUUCUGCUGUUGGUAGUGGGUCCAUUACUAGUAACAUCGUGGCAUCUAAUAAUUUGCCUCCAGCUACCAUUGCUCCUCCAAAACCAGCAUCUUGGGCUGAUAUUGCUAGCAAGCCUGCAAAACAGCAACCUAAGUUGAAGACCAAGAACGGCAUUGCAGGGUCAAGUCUUCCACCACCCCCAAUAAAGCAUAACAUGGAUAUUGGAACUUGGGAUAACAAGGGUCCUGUGGCAAAAGCCCCCUCACAGGCUUUGGUUCAGAAUAUAGGUCAGCCAACCCAGGGGUCUCCCCAGCCUGUAGGUCAGCAGGCUAACAAUAGCCCACCAGUGGCUCAAGCAUCAGUAGGGCAACAGACACAGCCAUUGCCUCCACCUCCACCACAGCCUGCUCAGCUCUCAGUCCAGCAACAAGCAGCUCAGCCAGCCCGCUGGGUAGCACCUCGGAACCGUGGCAGUGGGUUCGGUCAUAACGGGGUGGAUGGUAAUGGAGUAGGACAGUCUCAGGCUGGUUCUGGAUCAACUCCAUCAGAACCUCACCCAGUGUUGGAGAAGCUGCGGUCCAUUAAUAACUAUAACCCCAAGGAUUUUGACUGGAACCUGAAACAUGGUCGGGUUUUCAUCAUUAAGAGCUACUCUGAGGACGAUAUCCACCGUUCCAUUAAGUAUAACAUCUGGUGCAGCACAGAGCAUGGUAACAAGAGACUGGAUGCUGCUUAUCGAUCCAUGAACGGGAAAGGCCCCGUUUACUUACUUUUCAGUGUCAACGGCAGUGGACACUUCUGUGGCGUUGCAGAAAUGAAAUCUGCUGUGGACUACAACACAUGUGCAGGUGUUUGGUCCCAGGACAAGUGGAAGGGUCGUUUCGAUGUCAGGUGGAUUUUUGUGAAGGACGUUCCCAAUAGCCAACUGCGACACAUUCGUCUAGAGAACAACGAGAAUAAACCAGUGACCAACUCCAGGGACACUCAAGAAGUGCCUCUGGAAAAGGCUAAGCAGGUGUUGAAAAUCAUAGCCAGCUACAAGCACACCACUUCCAUUUUUGAUGACUUCUCACACUAUGAGAAACGCCAAGAGGAAGAAGAAAGUGUUAAAAAGGAACGUCAAGGUCGUGGAAAAUAAAAGGCAGUUCUGCACAUACUGCAGCAACGGUUGCAUCUGCAUAUCCUAAGAGGAAAAAAUGACCUUCAAGAGAAUUAGGACUUUUUUCUUAAUUUCAUUGACUUCAGAGACGAUUGCAGAUUUGCAGUUUAAGUAUUGGAAUUUCACAAAAGACAUAGGACUUAACUGGAAAAUAAAAAAAAAAAAAAGAAAAAGAAAAAA